AUGUUGACUUGGGGCGGCGAGCGCGGGCGGCCAUCUUGUUUUGGCCAUGGAGAGACUGAGGGAUCCUGCCCCGUAGAAAAACCAUGUAAAUGUGGUGACUGCAGGAAAAGUUUCCAUUUCCCGUCUGUCCUGGAGACUCAUUGGCGCACUCACACCGGGGAGAGGCCGUUCCCCUGCACAGAGUGUGGUAAGGCCUUCAGCAAUUCCUCUGUUGCUUCAGCAGGUCAGGUCCACACGGGGGAGAAGCCAUUCAACUGCCCCAAAUGUGGGAAGGGCUUUACCCAGGCCUCCAGUCUGCUGACCCACCGGCAGGUCCACACCGGGGAGAGGCCGUUCCUUUGCACCAAGUGCGGGAAGGCCUUCAGCAAUUCCUCCACCCUGCUGAGGCACCAGCGGGGCCACACUGGGGAGAGGCCCUUCAGCUGCCCUGAGUGUGGGAAGGUAUUUAGCAAUUCCUCGACCCUGCAGUGGGUCCAUACAGGGGAGAAGCUUUUCAGCUGCCCCAAAUGCGGGAAGGGCUUUACCAUGCCUCCACCUUGCUGACCCACCAGUG